UAUUCUGCCAGAUGAGCAAAAAAAAGUCUCAGAAUUACGAUGAUUUGUCUUAAGAUUAAAAAUAAACAAUAAAAGUGAAAUCCCUGACCUAAGGAUUAGUCCAUACAAAUCUAAACACAGUAAUCAAACCCAUCGUUGUAUUUACAUUAUAAAAAUAAUAAAACACCAGCAAUGAUAAAAAGGUAAAGAUAACAAAAGCGAAUGAGCCAUGGCUUACUAUGACAGCGUAUCCAACACCAUUCAUAUAAAUAACAUUGAUAUCAGAUCAAAUCAAGUGCUUCGAGCCACUCGGAAUCAUGGGAUCAGUGCAGUUACAGCAGCAAUUUUUAUUGUCGGGGAAAUGGCUGGGAGUGGAAUUCUUGCACUUCCGAGAGCUGUAGUUGAUGCAGGAUGGAUUGGGUUAAUAAUUAUUGUCAUAUUUUGCGUGAAUGCUUGCUUUGGUGGUACGAGGUUAGCACUUUGUUGGGAAAUAAUUGAAGAAAGGUACCCUGAAUAUAAAGGAACAACAAGAAAUCCUUAUCCAACAAUUGCAGAUAAAACUGUCGGGAAAUGGGGUAGUGUUUUAGUGUCUGCAAGUAUUCAAAUAACUCUGUUUGGAAUUGGAAUUGUAUAUCUGCUUCUGGCAUCUCAAAUUAUACAAGACCUACUGAGACCAUUUUUACAUCAAUUAACAUUCUGCACAUUGUUUAUAAUUUUUUCACUUCUCAUUACACCACCGAUGUGGUUAGGUUCGCCUAAAGAUUUCUGGUUUGUGGGACUUGGGGCAGUUUUGACUACAGCACUUUCUUGUGUGUUCAUCUUUAUCCAAAUGGUCAAGGAUGGUCUUGGUCAUGAUUUCAGGGUGUCACACAGACCAAAAUCAUUCUUUGAAUUUUUUAUAUCCUUUGGAAUAAUUCUGUUUUCCUUCGGAGGUGCUUCAACGUUUCCAACUAUCCAAAAUGACAUGGUAGACAGGACAAAAUUCAAAAAAAGUGUCAUCGGUGCUUUUUGUGCAAUUCUUCUUCUUUAUUUACCCAUUGCAUAUGGAGGAUAUUUUAUUUAUGGGGACAAUACAAAUUCAAACAUUGUACUGUCGCUUAAUAAAGGGAUGUAUGUAACCUUAGCUAAUGUAUGUAUGGCAUUUCAUCUCAUACUUGCCUACCUCAUUGCCAUCAAUCCUGUAUGCCAAGAAGUUGAAAACAUUUUUGACAUACCCAAUGUAUUUUUUAAAGAGUUCUGUUUUCUACGUUGCUUAAUAAGAACGUGUAUAGUACUUUUAAUGGUUAUCAUUGGCGAAUCAAUACCAUCAUUUGCAAUGAUAUUAGCCCUUGUGGGUGGCUCUACUGUCACUCUGUUAACAUUUGUCCUACCAAAUUAUUUCUACAUGAAACUCUGUGAUCAUAAAUGCGACAAUUGGACAAAGAGGGAGAUCCCCUUGUAUAAACGAAUUUACAUGUGGGAAAUAAUUUUAAUAGGCAUUCUAGGAGGAGUGGCAUCGACCUAUUCAGCAGUUUUGGCCAUAUUUCAUUUGGAUUCGAUGAGCAAACCUUGUUACUUGCCAUGAGGACAAGCAUGAUAUGAAUUAUAAAUAGUUACUUGAAAUUAAUAAACAAAUCCUUUUAGAGCGAUCACAAAAUAUUAAACAAACCUUUCAUAUAAUAGUUAAAAUUUGAGAAAAUCAAUUUUGAGUCAGUUAUGAUUAGUGCUAUUCACAAAACUAUUUACACUCAUUUUCAAUUGUUUAUGUUUAAUAGUAUAUACAUAAAGCAAUUCAUUUGGAAUAUGAUUCUAGCUCGAGGUAAGGAUUAUGUCCAGAUCAGGUAAAUAAACCUUUAAUACAAUUAAUUGUCAAAAAUGUAUACUGAAUAAAAUCAAUCUCAGAAAGAAGA